AAAUUUGAAUACAUUAAAUGACAGCUGUUCAUUUGUAAACGUAGAUACACAGUGUUAAGAAUUCUGAUUUGAAGGAAGGAUAACAAAUACAUUCACUGUAAUGGCGUUAAGGAAAAGUAAAAUAUAUAAACUGAUAACCAAUGGAACGAGAGAGGCCUUGAUAAAGGGUAUGCAGGAGUAUCUACUUAGUGGGAAAAGUCCGAAUUUGAAAGAUCCGGAAACUGGAGGGACCUUGCUUCAUCAUAUUGUGAAUCAUUCGGAACGAUUUCGGGAUCCGGAAACAUUGACCAUUGUGUAUAUGUUAGCCUGUAAAGACGUGGAAAUAGAUGCUCAAGAUAACUAUGGUGACACGCCCCUUCAUAAAGUUGUUAGAGUUAAUGGUGCUCACAAAUUGUUGAUAGCUUUCAUGAGGAUUGGUGCUGAUUCUGGUGUGAAGAAUAACCAAGGUUUAACAGCAGAAGACAUUUUAUUAACAGAAAAACCUGAUGGUUGGCAGACAAAUUUACAUUUCUACAAUAAAUACAAACCUGGUUUAUGGCAAGCAUUGCAAGCAGAAGAACCAGACCGGAAGUUAAUCGAACGUCUGCUGAAAUCUUGGUGUAGAUUGACGUCAAUGAAAAAUGGAAAAGUAGCAGACUUCAAAACUCUUAUAGCCAAUGAUGUUAAAAAGACGGACUUAUUGAUAUUGUUAGAAAAAUAUGAGAAUUCUAUUGAACUUGCAUUAGCUUUGAUAGGUGGUCUUGGUCAUGAUAAGAACUGUGAUCCUGAUUUCAUUGACAUAGCACAUGAACAAUUCAGUCCCCAAAGGUCAGUUGCACCUCAACCAUUGUUAGCUGCCACGUGGGAAACCAACAGAUUAAGUGCUGUAGAAGUUUUGAUGGACUUAAAACCAGAUACUAAUAUUUUAUACUCAACUAAUCCCCCAGUUAUACCACCAAAACCUCUUUAUUUUCAUUUAUUUGAAUGUGAGUACAGACCAAGUGAUGUUAGAAUUAUUGAAAGAAUAUUCAAAGACUGUGAUUUUACUCUCAAAAACUAUGAUGGUCAAACCAUUCUAUAUGAACUAAUAAAAAGAAACGAAUCGGAUUCUUUGUUCAAAUUUGUGUUAAGUAAAAACAUCAAUCUGGCAGCAAGGGAUCUACUAGGACGAACUGCUCGUGAUUUCGCCGAGGAAUUUGGGAGACUAACGCAUCGUAGAUAUAUCGAUGAACACAUUUUUAAAUUAAUUAAAACAAAACAACUAGAAACUAUAGAAAAGAUGGUAAUUCAUAAUUAUAACCAUUUACACGACAUCAAAGAUAGUUCAGGGAAAACAACGGAAGAAUACGCCAAAAGACACUCAACCAAACAGAUUCAAGAUAUUGUAAAAUUAACCCUAGAUGUCCAGAAAUAUUGUAGACGUAUAUUCCAAGCUGUAGAAGAAGAUAUGAUAGAUGAUCUUCAGAAACUAUUAUCAUGUAAAAAAUACGCUGGUGCCAAAGAGAAAUGUGGUAAAACCAUUCUUCUGAAAGCUUUAAUGUUCAAACGACGAGAAAUGGUCCUCUAUAUUAUACGGAAUUUUGAUUUUAUUAUCAAUGAAUGUGAUAAUUUGGGAAGAUCUCCCUUACAUUAUGCCAAUCUAUUUAUGGAUGAACCGGAAGUAAUCGAUGAACUUGAAAGGCAUGGUGCAAACCGUGAUUUAGCGGAUGUGAGAGGAGUGAAACCUAUCAAAUAUAGUCAUAAAAUCUGUGGUAACCAAGAAUACUUGAAUUUAAUCAAACAGGUUGAAGAUCUACAUCUAAACAUUUAUAUUCACGAAACACAUUUCGAUUCACAAUUCCGACAUGCUAUACAGGAAGGUGAAUUUGAUGCGGUACAAAGACUACUCAGUGAUGCUUUACCUCAUGGUGAUUUAACCAGAUACAGCUCUGUUCUAUUUGAUUGUAUUGAUAAUGAACAAGGGGAUAUUGCUGUUUUUCUCAUUAUGAGUGGUUUUAAAACAGAUAUAUAUAAACAGUAUAAUAAAUGUGAUCCAAGUAAUCCAAUGUGUGCCAUGAUGGAAUGUGGACAUGUUAUGACGUCAUUUAAAGAACGGGCCAAACGAAAUGGGUGUAAAAGAGUGAUCCAUCUGAUGGAGGAACAGAAAAAGGAAUCUAAAAAAUCCACCAAAUUAUGA